GGGCUUUGAGCCUAAGGUCCACCGGCAAAUUCCAACCCUGAGUCUUCAUGACACAACACUACCACAAAAUACUAGCCUAGUUACAGGACAUAGAGCUGCUGAAACCGUCGACAUGGCACACUUAUCUCGCAUCCUGGUGGCUCUUCUCCUCGUCCUAAUCGCCGGAGAGGCAGCCGCCACGCCGUACGCCGGCGGCAGGGACGCCCAGCUGGCCAGCAGCUACAGCCGCGUCUUCAGCUUCGGCGACUCGCUCACCGACACCGGGAACGCGGCCAUCCUCCCGGCCACCGCCGGGGGGCCCUCCUCCCACGCGCCGUACGGGGAGACCUACUUCCACCACCCCAGCGGCCGGGCGUCCGACGGCCGGCUCAUCAUCGACUUCAUCGUGGAGUCGCUGGGGUUGCCACAACCAACCCCCUACCUCGCCGGCGAGACCGCGGAUGACUUCCGGCAUGGCGCGAACUUCGCGGUGGGCGGCGCAACGGCGCUUGACCCGGCGUUCUUGAAGAGCAGAGGGGUAGCGACGUUUGUGCCGGUGUCUCUUAGCAACGAGACGAGCUGGUUCAACAAUGUCUUGGAGCUUCUUGACUCCACGGCGUACGAAGAAGAGAGCAAUAUCAUGGCGAGCUCCGUCUUCUACUUCGGUGAGAUCGGAGUAAACGACUACAUCUUCGCACUGUUCAGCAACCGCACAGCCGAGUUCGCGGCGAGCUUGGUGCCGGACAUUGUCGCCGUCACCCGCUCGGCCCUAACAGCCGUGAUCGCCGCCGGAGCAAGGACGGUGCUGGUGACGGGGAUGAUCCCGCUCGGGUGCGAGCCGGAGCUGCUCGCCCUCUUCCCCGGCGACGCGCACGGGGAGUCCGGCUGCAUCACGGGCUUCAACGAGGUCGCCCAGCUGCACAACCGCGCGCUCAACCGCAUGCUCCGCGAGCUCCGGCGGAGCCACCCCGGUACCACCCUCUUCUACGCCGACAUCUACAGCCCCAUCGCCAACCUCGUCGCCUCGCCCGGCAAAUACGGCUUCGGCGACAGGCCGUUGGCCGCGUUCUGCGGCGGAGGCGCUGGCCCGUACCACUUCGACAUGGCGGCGUUCUGCGGCACGCCGGACUCGACGGAGAGCUCCUACCCGUCCGAGUUCCUCUCGUGGGACGGCAUCCACUUCACCGACGCUGCCAAUAGGUUCAUCGCCCAGGCUCUGCUCAGAAGAUUGUAUAACGCGUCGGCGAUGGCAGAGCCACAAACUGCACUGCUCUGACAUAAGACCAUGUCUAUGGAUUUUACCUCCAAGCAUGAUUAAUAUCUGUCGGUCGGACAUAAGCGUCUGUGAUUGAUUUGUACUGCUCAUGCUAUUUCUGGCGAGAUCGACUCCCAUUGUCGGCACCACCAGGAAGACGCUGACGCAACCCUUUCCAUUGUUGGAAAUAUUAGCACUUUCUCCAUUAA